GUGGAAGCCACCCGGACAUGAUCCUACAUGCAUGUUCCAACCAUUGCAGCACUGUAACCUUCGUUUGUAACAUAUAAAGAUCGACCAAAGAGCAAAAUGCAGGCUGCAAUGGACAUCACGACAAAAUACUGUCAUAAAGAAAUGGAGGCAUAUGGGUCUUGUGUGGCCUCCCACCCUGGUACAUGGCAGCAGCAGUGCCACGAGCUGAAGAUGAAGGUUGCACAGUGUACAUCAUCCCAUCCAGUGAUCCAGAAGAUCAGACAGGACUGCUCUAAGGAGUUUGUAGAGUUCGAAAGCUGCCUGAGACAAAACCAGGACCAACCUACCUCAUGCUCUCCACAUGUGGCUCGAUUUCUGGGCUGUGCUGAAACUGUGGACCUCAGUGGAGUGGCAACAAAUCCAGUACCUCAGCCAUCGUAGUAUUUAUCUUCCUUCACCGGAUUACAACUGUCUUCACAUCGGUGCAAGUCAAGCAGAUUGUCCCAGAAAUGUGACUGUACGCUUUGCGAAUUAGGAUUAUUUUCUGUAUGGAUUAAUGUAGCUAACUUUCAAAUAUUACAUAUUUUUAAUAGAUUUUUCAACAAUACAAAUUGGAAGACUUGUGUAAGAACAUGCAUUUAUGGGCUCAUUUUUCCACUCCCCAUGCCAUUCUGGUUUGAUUUUGAGGAUAAUCUGUAUUCAUGUGUGCUUGUUUUCUUAAAAAAAAUGAACUAUGUAAUUAAAUCUGACAUUUGAUUCCCA